GGUGAGUGUGUGUGCAUGUGUGUGUGCGCCUUGGGCUUGCACAGGGUGGUCGAAGAGGGGAUGGCUGAGGGAAAGCAUACUUGGCACCGCUCCCUCCUUUCAGCGCACACUCUCUAGUUUGCACCGGGCGGCUAACUCCCUGCAAGGGGCGAAAGACAAGUGCGUGUUUGUGUGUGCGUGUGUGUACGUGUGUGUAUUUAGGGGGUGGGAUGCAUGUGUCAUAAAUAAAUAGUCUGGGGCUGCUACUUUUUCUUUUUGUUUUUUGGGGGGGGGGCAGUGCGAUGAGACGCGCGCACGUCGCCGGUCUUGCGCUGCAGCGAAGAGCCUCCGUCGAUCCGGCGACCUGCCGCUGCUGACAAGCCGGCCUGGGGGACGAGGAGAGAGGGAGCGGAGCGGGGGGGGAGAGCUCGACGAAGGGGUCGCCGCGGAGAGCACCGCCGCGGGAACCAUGCAGUGUGCAAUCUGGCUGGUGGGACUCGCGUGUCAUCUGUCAGCGCUUGUGCGGCUCGCCGCGCAGUACCGGUUGCAUCCAAAACAAGAACUCUUCAUCAAGCAGCUGUCAUCGUACGAAAUCACCAGCCCACUGCGGGUCAAUGACUUCGGAGAGUCCUUCCCGCACACGUUGCACUACAGGCGCAGACGCAGGAGUUUAAACGACGAGCUGUCCGUCCCGCGGCUCCACUACCGGAUCGACGCGUUCGGGCAACGCUUCCACCUCAACCUGAGCGCGCACUCGGACUUCAUCGCGCCCGCCUACGCGGUCACACGCUUGGGAGCGGCCGGCGAGAGCCAGUCUGAGGAGGCCGUGGACAUGCGCCACUGCUUCUUCCGAGGACACGUCAACUCCCGGGAGGAGCAGCCGGCGGUGUUCAGUCUGUGCACCGGCCUCAUUGGUACUUUCACAACAUCGGACGGAGAAUACUUCUUGGAGCCUCUCUUGAACGCCGAGGGGGAGGAGGAGUACGAUGACGAGCACCACAAACCCCAUCUGGUCUAUUGGCACGAGAGAAAGCGCAACGUAUCCAGCGACGGUGUGCCUUGUUGGGCCUCAGACGACGGCGUAAGGACAGCGUCUUUGGAGGGUCGAGGGAACAUGGGCGACGAGCUGGACUCUCUCCGAGCUGCCAUUGACGAGCGGAACGCCAACUCUUCUAACGGAACGCAGCCAAGGCACCCACGCAGACGCAAGCGCUUCCUCUCCUACCCGCGCUACGUCGAGCUGAUGGUGACGGUCGACGCCAAGAUGGCACGUCACCACGGGCGCAACCUGGAGCACUACAUCCUAACAAUCAUGUCAGUAGUAGCAGCGGUGUACAAAGACCCCAGCGUGGGAAACCUCAUCAACAUCAUGAUUGUCAAGCUGAUCGUCAUCCACAAUGAACAGGAUGGGCCCACAGUGAGUUUCAACGCCGCCACCACUUUGCACAACUUCUGCACAUGGCAGCAGAAGCAAAACGUCAAGGACGACAGCCACCCCUCUCACCACGACACCGCCCUCCUCAUCACCAGGGAAGAUAUCUGCCGCGCAAAAGACAAGUGUGACACUCUCGGGCUCGCAGAACUGGGGACCAUGUGCGACCAGUACCGCAGCUGUUCUAUCAGCGAAGAAAACGGAAUUAGCGCCUCCUUCACCAUCGCUCACGAGCUGGGCCAUGUGUUCAACAUGCCCCACGACGAUAACCCCAAAUGUCGGGAGGCCGGCAUGAAACACCAAUAUCACGUCAUGGCUCCCACCCUCAACCACGACACCAACCCCUGGUCGUGGUCCAAGUGCAGCCGCAAGUACAUCACAGAGUUCCUUGACACUGGCUAUGGGGAGUGCCUUCUGGACGAGCCCAUAGGAAGGACGUAUGAGCUGCCCACCCUCCUCCCUGGUCAAAUCUAUAAUGCCAACAGACAGUGUGAACUCAUGUUUGGACCCGGUUCCCAAAUUUGUCCCUACAUGAAACAAUGUAAAAGGCUGUGGUGUACAAGUGCAGAGGGGGACCACAAAGGAUGUCGCACACAACACAUGCCGCUGGCUGAUGGGACUGAAUGUGGACAUGGAAUGUACUGCAGGCACGGGAUGUGUGUCAACAAGGAACUGCACUUACAGCCUGUCCACGGGGAAUGGGGUGCCUGGGGGCCCUACAGCGUUUGCUCCAGGUCCUGCGGCGGAGGGACACGGAGCACCACCAGAGACUGCAACAAGCCAGAGCCUAGGAAUGGCGGUAAGUUCUGCGUGGGACGACGGAUGAAGUUCCGCUCCUGCAACACUGAGCCCUGUCCGCGAGGACGAAAAGACUUUCGAGAAGAUCAGUGCUCUCAGUUCGACGGCAAGCACUUCAACAUCAACGGUCUACCUCCAACCGUCCGCUGGGUUCCCAAAUACAGCGGCAUACAAUUGAACGAUCGCUGCAAGCUCUUCUGCCGUGUUGCCGGGACGACGGCGUAUUACCAGCUGAAGGACCGCGUCAUUGACGGCACACCGUGUGGCACGGACACCUACGACAUUUGCGUUCAAGGCCUCUGCAGGCAAGCGGGCUGCGAUCACGUCCUGAACUCAAAGGCCAGGAAUGACAAGUGUGGCGUGUGUGGGGGAGAUAACUCCUCAUGCAAAACCCAGGCAGGGACGUUCAACGAUGCUCAGUACGGCUACAACACAGUGGUCCGCAUCCCAGCUGGUGCUACCAACAUUGAUAUUAAGCAGGUCAGCUACUCCGGAAAGCCAGAAGAUGACAACUACCUCGCACUAUCCGACAGCCAGUCCAACUUCCUACUGAACGGGAACUUUGUGGUGGCCAUGUUUAAAAGGGAGAUCACCUUCAAGGGAACGGUCAUCGAGUACAGCGGCUCCGACACCAAAGUGGAGCGCAUCAACUGCACCGAUCGCAUCGAGGAGGAGCUCGUUCUGCAGGUUUUGUGUGUGGGAAACCUCUACAACCCAGACGUCCGCUACUCCUUCAACAUACCCAUCGAGGAGCACAGGGAGCAGUUUGCGUGGGAUCUCUCGGGCCCUUGGCUGGAGUGCAACCGCAUCUGUCAGGGGGAGCGGCGGCGAAAGGCAGGCUGCAUGCGGAAGAGCGAUCACCUCGAGGUAUCGGACCAACGAUGCGAACAUUUACCUCGUCCCGUCGGUGUCACUGAGGCUUGCAACAACGAUUGUGAAGUCAGGUGGCAUGUUGCCGGGAAGAGUGAAUGCUCAGCUAAAUGCGGUGCAGGUUACCGCAGCCUGGACGUGCAGUGUAUGAAGUACAACCUGAUGAAGAGGCAGAGCGAGAGGGUAGAGGCCAGUUCUUGUGUCGAUGUCGUCAAACCUCCGACUCGAGAAAGCUGCCAUGGCGAUUGUCUUCUCAAGAGCUGGCAGUACAGUGCCUGGUCACAGUGCUCCAAGACGUGUGGACGAGGGGGUCGCAGCCGAGAGUCAUACUGCAUGAACAAUCUGGGCCGGCGGCUGGUGGACAGGGAGUGCGGCGAACACCAGAGAGUGGUCACAGAAACCUGCAAUGACCAGCCGUGUCCCAAGUGGACCGUUAGCGAGUGGAGCGAGUGCCUGGUGACGUGUGGUAAAGGGAUGAGGCACAGGCAGGUCUCGUGCACCGCAGCGGCCAGAGAAGAAAAGCUGAGUGAGCACUUGUGCGACCCGUCCAGCAAGCCACCCUCCGUCUGCAGCUGUGAGCUGCCCGAAUGCGCAUCCUGGCAGGUCGGCGUGUGGGGAGUGUGUGCAGUCACCUGCGGCCAUGGCUACCAGAUGAGAGCAGUGAGGUGUGUGUCGGGGGACUAUGGCAACACAGUGGACGACAGAGAGUGCAACGCUGCAGCCAGGCCCAGAGACAGUCGGGACUGCGAAAUGCUGGCGUGCCCUUGGGCCUCUCCAGUCCAAAGCACACCACCACCUGACAACUCUGCUCAGCUCCGGACACAGUGGAGAUAUGGCUCCUGGACAGUGUGCUCUGCAACCUGCGGCAAAGGGAAGCGGGAACGCUACGUUAGCUGCAGAGACGCCCAGGGCAGCGUGGCUGACGAGUCCUACUGCACCCACCUGCCCCGACCACCAGAGACCUCUGCGUGCUUCAGCCCAUGUGGCCAGUGGCGGACCGGGGAGUGGUCUCCCUGUUCAGCGACAUGCGCCACCGGAAGGUCCACCCGACAGAUCCUGUGCUCCAACUACCACCAGCCUGUGGACCAGUCUUUCUGCGACCCAGACGAGAGGCCUGCGACGGAGCAGGAGUGCAUGACUGUGCCCUGCUCCUCGGUCUACCACCGCCAACGCAUCAACGACCAGCCGUACGGAUACCCCAAGGACCCGGGGCGCCACCCCGGCCACAACAGCUGGAACGUGCCGUCAACGGACAACCAGUGGAGGACCGGACCCUGGGGCGCAUGUUCCAGCACCUGUGCUGGGGGCUUUCAGAGGCGAGUGGUGGUCUGCCAGAACGCCGACGGCCACAGCAACAGCUACUGCGACGAGAGGGUUAAGCCGGCCGAGUCCAAGAGCUGCAACUCGGGGCCGUGUCCUCUGUGGAACUACGGCGUCUGGGGAGAGUGCACUCAGAGCUGCGGAGGAGGAAGGCGAACUCGUCUGGUGGUGUGCCAGAGGCCCAGCGGCGAACAACUCAAUGACUACAACUGCGACAUCCUGGACAAGCCGCUGGACAUGGAGCAGUGCAACCUGCAGCCCUGCGUAGGCUCCGCCUCCUGGCACCGCAGACCAUGGAAGCCGUGUUCGGUGACUUGUGGGCGGGGCAUCAAGCAGCGGGAUAUCAUCUGCGUUGACCAGAACCGAACCAAAAUAGAAGAGGAACACUGCGGUCCCCUUCCUCGCCCUCGGACCGAGAAGGUCUGUCGGGCCCGCGGGUGCCCCACAUGGAAAGCCAACAGGUGGAGCAAGUGCUCGGUCACAUGUGGAGUGGGACUCCAGAGCCGAGGCGUCUACUGCAGGCUCAAAGGCAGUGGAAAGGUCAGAGAAGAUCUAUGUGACGCUCCAUCACGGCCCACCGUCAUCCAGCGGUGCCAAGCUGCAGAAUGCACCCAUUACGCUUGGGUCACUGCUCCAUGGAAGGAAUGUAACGCCACCUGUGGAGGCGGCGUGAGGAGCAGGGCGGUAGACUGCGUGGGCCCGAGGAUGAGGCCAGCGCAGGCGGAUUACUGCGAGCCCGUGUCCCGACCGCCAUCGCAUCAGCUUUGCGAAGGAGUGCCGUGCCGCCACGUGUGGACCGCGGGGGAGUGGUCACAGUGCUCUGCUAGCUGCGGCAUUGGCUACCAGCAGCGUGUGGUGUCCUGCUCGACGACACCCUCCUCUCGGGCUCCGCGUCUUUACGCCGCCCAGUCGCCCGCCACCGGAACCCGUUGCCCAGAAUCCCGUCCUCUAAGCACCAGGCCGUGCCUCCUCCAGGACUGUCCGCAGGCCACCUACUGGAAAGUCGGCCCUUGGAGCAAGUGCUCUCAGACAUGCGGGGCAGGAGUGACGGUGCGCAGCGUGGAGUGUGUGACCUCCAAAGGAGCAGCGUCCAAGCAGUGCCGUCCCUCAGAAAGGCCAGAGUCUCAAGCUGCGUGUCAAGAGGGAGAAUGCCAGUUGUUCACCUCCUGCCGGGAGGUCCAGAUGCGACAGGGCGUCAGGAUGGACGGGGAGUAUUACCUCAAAGUCAAGUCCCGCAUCCUACAGAUUUACUGUGCGGAGAUGCAAACUGAUUUCCCCAAGGAAUACGUGACACUGCGCAGCGGCCAAACGGACAAUUACUCAGAAGUGUACGGCUACAGGUUGCUGAACCCCUUCGAGUGCCCUUACAACGGCAGCCGGAGACAGGACUGCAACUGCAGGAAUGACUACAGCGCGGCGGGGUAUACCCUCUUCCACAAGGUCCGCUUGGACCUGAGCACCCUGAGGAUACUGAUCACCGACCUGCGCUUCUCCCACACUCCCGUCGGUCGACCUGUGCCCUUUGCCACGGCGGCCGACUGUUACAGCGCCGCCAAGUGUCCACAGGGCCAGUUCAGCAUCAAUCUAAUUGGCACCGGGCUCAGAGUGGCCGAGGCUACCAAAUGGACGUCUCAGGGCAACUACGUUUCUGUCAAGGUCCACAGGUCUGAGGACGGGACAAGAAUCUACGGCCGCUGCGGCGGUUUCUGUGGGAAGUGCAUUCCUCAGGUGCACAGCGGCCUCCUACUUCAGGUGCACUGAGGAUCCCGAAGACUGCUGACCAGCGAGAAUGUCCACGAACACUGGUUGGUAGGACCCCAUCGACAUCCUGUUGGAAAACAGUCCUAACUUCACCAAAACACGCCACGACUGUGUGUUAAUACGGUGCCUUCAAAGUGGAACUCUAUAUUUGAAAUGAUGAAUGAUAAUCAAAGAUGUCGGACACUUUUAUGUGACACAUACAAAGGGACUCAAUCCUUCUUCAUCUUACUGACUGGGAAAGUAACCAAAUGAGGAGCUCUCACUUUUGUUUUGAUUAUAUUUUCCUUUAAGACAAUAACUAAUUUUGUCAAUUAUGCUUGUUUACCAAGACUUUAUGCCUAUAAUACAAAAAUUCCGCAAUAGCCAGCAGCAGUUUUAGCUAGCUUCAUCGAGCUUUGCUUAUUUUAGCUUGGCUGAAAUAACCUUAGCUUGACCUAGCCUUGCCCAUCUUUGUUUUGUUUUGUUCUAUGUCUUUUAGCUUGUCCCAGCUAAACUUAGUUUAACGUAGCCUAGUUUAACUUUAUAGUUUAGGUCAUCUCCAUCCAUCCAUCCAUCUUCUACCGCUUAUCCGAGGUCAGGUCGCGGGAGCAGUAGCUUUAGCAUGGACGCCCAGACUUCUCUUUCCCCAGCCACUUCAUCCAUCUCUUCCGGGGGGAUCCCGAGACGUUCCCAGGCCAGCCGAGAGACGUAGUCUCUCCAGCGUGUCCUGGGUCGUCCCCGGGGUCUCCUCCCGGUGGGACGUGCCUGGAACACCUCACCGGGGAGGCGUCCGGGAGGCAUCCGAAUCAGAUGCCCCAGCCACCUCAUCUGGCUCCUCUCGAUGUGAAGGAGCAACGGCUCUACUCUCAGAUCCUCCCGGAUAACCGAGCUUCUCACCCUAUUUCUAAGGGAGACACCCUGCGGAGGAAACUCAUUUCGGCCGCUUGUAUCUGGGAUCUCGUUCUUUCGGUCACGUCCCACAGCUCGUGACCAUAGGUGAGGGUAGGAACGUAGAUCGACCGGUAAAUCGAGAGCUUCGCCUUUCGGCUUAGCUCCUUCUUUACCACAACGGAUCGAUGCAAAGUCCGCAUCCCUGCAGACGCUCCACCGAUCCGCCUGUCGAUCUCCUGUUCCAUUCUUCCCUCACUCGUGAACAAGACCCCAAGAUACUUCAACUCCUCCACUUGGGGCAGGAUCUCAUUGCCGACCCGGAGAGGGCACGCCACCCUUUUCCGACUGAGGACCAUGGUCUCAGAUUUGAAGGUGCUGAUUCUCAUCCCAGCCGCUUCACACUCGGCUGCGAACUGCUCCAAUGAGAGUUGGAGGUCACGGUUUGAUGAAGCCAACAGAACCACAUCAUCUGCAAAAAGCGAGAUGCAAUACUGAGGCCACCAAACCGGACCCCUCUACGCCUCGGCUGCGGCAAGAAAUUCUGUCCAUAAAAGUUAUGAACAGAAUCGGUGAUAAAGGGCAGCCUUGGCGGAGUCCAACCCUCACCGGAAACGAGUCCGACUUACUGCCGGAUAUGCGGACCAAACUCUGACUCCGGUCGUACAGGGACCGACAGCCCGUAUCAGGGGGUUCGGUACCCCAUACUCCCGAAGCACCCCCCACAGGACCACCCGAGGGACACGGUCGAACGCCUUCUCCAAGUCCACAAAACACAUGUAGACUGGUUGGGCGAACUCCCAUGCACCCUCGAGGACCCUGCCAAGGGUGUAGAGCUGGUCCACUGUUCCACGGCCAGGACGAAAACCACACUGCUCCUCCUGAAUCUGGGAUUCAACUUCCCGACGGACCCUCCUCUCCAGCACCCCUGAAUAGACCUUACCAGGGAGGCUGAGGAGUGUGAUCCCCCUGUAGUUGGAACACACCCUCCGGUCCCCCUUCUUAAAAAGGGGGACCACCACCCCAGUCUGCCAAUCCAGAGGCACUGUCCCCGAUGUCCACGCGAUGUUGCAGAGGACAGACCUACAACAUCCAGAGCCUUGAGGAACUCCGAGCGAAUCUCAUCCACCCCGGGGCCCUGCCACCGAGGAGCUUUUUAACCACCUCGGUGACCUCAACCCCAGAGAUAGGAGCCCGCCUCAGAGAACCCAGACUCUGCUCCCUCAUGGGAAGGCGUGUCGGUGGAAUUGAGGAGGUCUUCGAAGUAUUCUCCCCACCGGCUCACAACGUCCCGAGUCGAGGUCAGCAGCGCCCCAUCCCCACUAUACACAGUGUUGAUGGUGCACUGCUUUCCCCUCCUGAGACGUCGGAUGGUGGACCAGAAUUUCCUUGAAGCCGUCCGGAAGUCUUUUUCUCCAUGGCCUCAACGAACUCCUCCCAUGCCCGAGUUUUUGCUUCAGCGACCACCAAAGCUGCAUUCCGCUUGGCCAGCCGGUACCCAUCAGCUGCCUCAGGAGUCCCACAGGCCAAAAAGGCCCGAUAGGACUCCUUCUUCAGCUUGACGGCAUCCCUCACCAUUGGUGUCCACCAACGGGUUCGGGGAUUGCCGCCACGACAGGCUCGGUGCCACCUUACGGCCACAAGUCCGGUCGGUCGCCUCAGCAAUGGAGGCGCGGAACAUGGUCCACUCGGACUCGAUGUCCCCCGCCUCCCCCGGAACAUGAGCAAAGUUCUGUCGGAGGUGGGAGUUGAUACUCCUUCUGACAGGGGAUUCCGCCAGACGUUCCGAGCAGACCCUCACAAUCAGAAUCAGAAUCAGAAUCAGAAUCAGAAUCAUCUUUAUUUGCCAAGUAUGUCCAAAACACACAAGGAAUUUGUCUCCGGUAGUUGGAGCCGCUCUAGUACAACAGACAGUCAAUUUACAGAACACUUUGGAGACAUAAAGACAUUGACAAAAAACAACAACAAACAACAAUUGUGCAAAAAGAUGCAGAGUCCUCAGUUCGAAUGGCUAAUAUCGCAAUAGUCCGGUGCAAUGACCAUUGUGCAAAGGGCACUGAGACUUCAAGGAGUGUAUGCGGUUUAAAGUGACGAGUACUGCGAUAAUCUGGGACAAUGGUUGUGCAAAUGUUACAGAUACUCCUCAAUCAGUGUGCAAAUGGAGCAGAUGCUACUCUGGCAUGAGUGGCCACUAUAUGCAAAUAGUGCAGCACGGCGAGACAACUACAGUGAGUGCACGAGUAAUACAUAAUACAGAAAUGUGACAACGAACUCAAGUCAAAAAAUUGCCAGCUUGUUGUAAUGGAAUUGUAAGUUAGCUGUUCAAGAAGUUGAUUGCAAGAGGGAAGAAGCUGUUGGAAUGUCUACUAGUUCUAGUUUGCAUUGAUCGGUAGCGCCUACCUGAGGGAAGGAGCUGGAAGAGCUGGUGACCAGGGUGGGGAGGGUCCGAGAGGAUUUUGCACGCCCUUGUCUUAGUUCUGGCAGCGUGCAUGUCCUCAAGGGUGGGUAGGGGGUUACCGACAAUCCUUUCAGCAGUUUUGAUUGUCCGUUGCAGUCGGAGUUUGUCCUUUUUUGUAGCAGCACCAAACCAGACUGUGAUGGAAGAACACAGGACUGAUUCGAUGACCGCUGUGUAGAACUGUCUCAGCAGCUCCGGUGGCAGGCCAUGCUUUCUCAGAAGCCGCAGGAAGUACAUCCUCUGCUGGGCCUUUUUGAGGACGGAGUUGAUGUUGGUCGCCCACUUCAGGUCCUGGGAGAUUGUAAUUCCCAGGAACUUGAAGGUCUCGACGGUUGACACAAGGCAGCUGGA